AUGACUAAUGAACAAUUUAAUGCCGGGAGUGAUGAUGGCAACUCAAAAGAUUCUCUCUCUGCUGAUUCUUUGAAUCAGCCAGAGCCGAUGUCUAUUGAGACUGUUAUGCCAAAAUUUGACGGGAAAAAAUGGUGGCAGCUUUCGCAUCUUCGCAAAUUGAGUGCAUACAUCUUUAUUGUUGCCUUAACAUCAUGUAACAAUGGUUAUGAUGGAAGUGUCCUCAAUUCCUUAUACACGAUGCCAAAUUUCAAUCAUGCUAUUGGAAAUGUUGACAGUGCCGUUCUAGGAGCUCUAACAAAUGGUUAUGUCUUCGGUUGUUUUGUGUCUUGCUUUAUUAAUUCUUGGGUGAUUGAUAAGUUUGGAAGAAAGCCUGGUAUUCAAAUAGGCAAUAUAAUCAUGAUUAUUGGUGUUAUUAUUCAAUCCUGUGCGGGUGUUUGGGAAAAAAGUUUCCCUUCGGACUAUACUGGGAGAAAUGUCUUGGGAAUGUUAAUUGGUGCUAGAGUUGUCCUUGGAUUUGGUGCUGGUAUUAUUCAGGUUGCUGCACCAUCGCUUAUUAGUGAACUUUCAUUUCCUACACACAGGUCUACAUCUACCGCUUAUUACAAUUCAUCGUGGUAUUUGGGAGCUAUUGUUGCAGCAUGGGUUUCUUAUGGUACUAGAAAUAUGGCCAAUAAUUGGUGUUGGAGAGUCCCUGUUAUUGUUCAGGGCUUUUUCCCACUCGUUCAAAGUUGUUUGCUUCUUUUCAUAGUUGAUGAGUCACCUAGAUUCUUGGUUUCCAAGGGUAAGCUAGAAGAAGCAAAAAAGGUGUUGAGUAAAAAUCACGGUGGCGGAUAUCCAGGUAGUGAAUUGUUGAUCGACUACGAAAUGACGGAAAUUCAGUUGGCUAUUCAGCAAGAAAGGGAAGCAAAUGAGAAAUCCUCUUAUAGAGAUCUUAUCAAAACUUCUGCAACUCGUAGAAGAACAUGGAUUUUGUGCUGCUUAGGAACAUUCAUGCAGUUGUCCGGAAAUGGUUUGGUUUCAUACUAUCUCGGAAAAGUCCUUAAUUCUAUUGGAAUUACUUCUACCAGUGAACAAUUGGUGGUCAAUGGCGGCUUGAUGAUUUACAACUGGGGUUGCUGUUUGAUUCAGGCAUUCCUAAUAAUUCCGAAUAUUAAAAGAAGACACGCAUUUAACUUUUCACUCUUUGGUAUGCUCAUCUGCUUUGUUAUCUGGACAAUCCUAUCUGCUAUUAACCAGCAACGUAACUUCAAGCAAAAGGAUUUGGGUCAGGGCGUUUUGGCUAUGAUCUUUCUUUAUUACUUCUGCUAUAACGUUGGAUUAAAUGGUGUUCCAUUUACAUAUGUUACUGAGAUUAUGCCUUUCACUUAUAGAGGUAAAGGUCUUAAUGUAUUCACUUGGGUGCAAUAUGUCUGGAUGAUUUACAAUGGUUUUGUUAACUCAAUUGCAAUGUCAGCAAUUGAAUGGAAGUAUUACAUUGUUUACUGCUGUAUUCUCGCAGUUGAGUCCGCGAUUGCCUACUUCACUUUUGUUGAAACAAGUGGUCAUACAUUAGAAGAAGUUGCAGAGGUUUUCGGAGAUUCUCAAAAGCUUAGCAGAAUUACGGGAAUGGCCACACUAGAAGAAGGAAAGCUUAAGGGUAAUCAUGAGCAUAUUGAAAAUGCCUAA